AUGACUGCCCCUGUUAUCAGAGACGGCCGCGUUGAGGAUUUGGAUGCUGAGGAAGAAGAUUCAAAGAAAAAGGGAAAAGCAACAACAAACAACAACAAAAAAGCACAGGCUCUGAAGGCUUUGCAGGCGGCUGCAUCAAACGAAGAAGAUGAAGAUGAAGAUGAGGAUGAUGAUGAUGAGGGGGAGGAGGAUGAGGAUGAUGAGGUAACUUCUUUUUAUAUAUAA